AUGUACUUCACCAACGUUUUCGUCGCUGCUCUCGCCGCUCAGGCUUUCUCCCGUGACGGCCGAGUUACCUCUUCCGGUGCUGGAAAGCUUGCAGCCUUGAUGGCUCUCGGUGCUGCUCCUGGAAACGCUCUGCCAAUCUUUACCACUAUUGAAGUGCGAGAGCCUCACCAUCAAGGUGGCCAAAACAAACAAGGCCAACAGGGCAACCAGGCUGCUCAGGCAAACCAGAACCAGAACGGCAACAACAAUAACAACAACAACAACGCAGCAGCGAACAAUGCGGGAUGCAACGCCAAGAGGGACGAAGAACUCGUUGCUCGCCAUCAUCAGGGUAACCAAGGAGGCAAUGGCAACGCCAACGCCCAAGCUAAUAACAACAACUGCAACGGCAAUGGCAACAACAAGCGAGAGCUCGAGGCCAGGCACCACCAGGGCGGACAGAACAACAACGCUGCUGCUAAUGGAAACAACGGAAACGGAAACGCCAAUGCUAACGCCAACAACGGAAACAACAACGCUCAGAACAAUGGCCAGAACAACAACGGAAACAACGCCCAGAACAAUGCUCAGGCCAACAAUGGAGACAACAAUGCUCAGGCUAACAACGCUGGAUGCAACAACAAGCGAGAUUUGGAAGCCCGUCACCACCAAGGAGGACAGAACAAGGGUGCCAAUGCCAACGCUGCCAAUGGUUGCAACAACUAA